CGCCCUUAGUUAAUAUCCUUCAAUUCGGUACAUCCGUUGAACACAAGCAUAGUAUAUCAAAAAACCAAUCGUCAUGCCUGACACAAAGGUACCUCUCCGCAAACUCGGCAAGAAUGGACCCCUAGUUCCAGCGUUGGGCCUUGGUCUUAUGGGCAUGUCCAUGCUCUACGGCCUACCACCAAGUGAUGAAGAACGGUUUGCUGUACUCGAUCGAGCGGUAGAAAUAGGUGCUACAAAUUGGGACACGUCCGAUUUAUACGGAGACUGCGAAGAGUUACUGGGCAAGUGGUUCACGAGAACCGGAAAACGUGACCAGAUCUUUCUAGCUAGUAAAUUCGGUCUCGUGAAAGGAUCUCCUACCUUUGAAGUCGAUAGCUCUGCGGCAUAUUGCAAAAAGGCGUGCGCUGAGAGUUUGAGAGUGUUGGGUAUUGAUCAUAUCGACCUGUACUACAUGCAUCGUGCCAACCCGAAUACGCCUAUUGAAGAGACUGUUCGUGCCAUGGCCGAGCUAAAAGCUGAGGGCAAGAUAAAAUACAUAGGUCUCUCGGAAGUCAGUUCCACAACACUGCGUCGUGCUUGUAAAGUGGCGCAUAUAGACGCCGUACAAGUCGAAUACUCGGCCUUUGUGACGCAUAUAGAGGAAUCUAGAGGGACCAACCUGCUUGCAACAGCCCGUGAACUCGGCGUCGCGGUUGUCGCUUAUUCGCCUCUAGGCCGUGGAAUUCUCACCGGUGCCUAUACGAAGAACACCAUCUCAGCCGAAGGCGAUAAACGUGCUGAAUGGUAUCCGAUGUACUCGGAAACGAACUUUGAAAAGAACCUGAAACUUGUUGAGAAACUGAAAUCCAUCGCCGAUAAGAAGAAUUGCACGCUCGCUCAAUUGGCUAUUGCAUGGCUGUUGAAACAGGGUGACAAUAUCAUCCCGAUUCCUGGAACGAAGAAGAUCCGUUACCUGGAAGAGAAUUGGGGCUCUCUUCAUGUGCAAUUGACAGAUGAGGAAGAGGCAGAGAUCAGAAAGUUGAUAAAGGAUACAGGUGUUGCAGGUGGAAGGUACCCCGAGUUUGCUGGUGAUGGAACGCUUGCUGACACUAGGGAAGAAUAAUCGUGGCAUCAGUAAUGUUGCUGGUUGUCUCUAGCUAGCGUGCCUAUUAGUUGACAAAAUCGAUCUAUGUAUACUUGCUUGGGAGGGAAAUUUCUGGUGCGACUGUAACAGACUCUCUGCGGUCUGUGGUUUCUUACCUAGGCUUCUA